AUGGCUCAUAAAAAUUGUUUUGAGGCAUUGGAUAGAACACUUAAAGACGUCAUGACCAAGAAGGGUCUUGGGAAUAAAAUCUUCGGCGGCAAAGUUGUUGUUUUUGGAGGAGACUUCAGACAGAUUCUUCCAGUUAUUCCGAGAGCAGGGCGUUCUGAUAUUGUUCAUGCAUCCAUAUGCUCCUAUUAUAUCUGGGACUAUUGCCAGGUUCUAACACUGACAAAAAACAUGAGACUUCAGCAGGGAAGCGAUAAUACAAGUUCUAAGGAAUUAGCGGAGUUCUCAAAAUGGAUUUUAAAUGUCGGUGAUGGUAAGAUAUCUGAACCAAAUGAUGGAUUGGUGGACAUAGAGAUUCCUCAAGAUUUAUUGAUUACCAAUUAUGAAGAUCCUAUCAAAGCUAUUGUUGAAAAUACAUAUCCCAAUUUGGUUAAUGUAUUCCAAGAUGUUGCAUAUCUACAAGGAAAAGCAAUUCUUGCCUCAACCAUUGAAGUUGUGGAUAAGAUCAAUCAUUAUGUAUUGGACCUUAUACCAGGUGAAGAGAAAGAGUAUCUUAGUUACGAUUCAAUUGAUAGAACUGACACGAGUUAUACCAAAGCUUAUGAAGUGCUAACUCCAGAAUUUCUUAGCAAAUUAAGAACAUCAGGUUUACCAAAUCAUAGAAUCAAAUUGAAAGUUGGUACUCCCAUUAUGCUUAUGAGAAAUUUGGACCAAUCAGAUGGAUUGUGUAAUGGAACAAGAUUGAUUGUCACAAGAUUGGCCAAUCAUGUCAUUGAGGCAAAAAUUAUUUCUGGCAAGAACAUAGGUAACCUUUUUUACAUUCCUCGAAUGUCUAUGUCACCUUCAGAGUCACCGUGGCCAUUUAAGUUGAUUAGGAGACAAUUUCCAAUUAUUGUCUCUUACGCAAUGACAAUUAAUAAGUCUCAAGGCCAGUCUCUUGAUAGUGUUGGUUUGUAUUUGCCUUCUCCCGUGUUUAGUCAUGGACAACUUUAUGUUGCAAUCUCAAGAGUUACUACAAAAAGUGGUCUUAAAAUCUUAAUACACGACAAAGAGAAUGUUUCGUGCUCCACUACCACAAAUGUUGUAUACAAGGAGGUUUUCCAAUCACUUUGUUAG